AUGAAGCCUGUUGUGAGUGCCAUGCAAGCAUGGUCUUGCUUUGUUAUUUCGGUAUUUGCCAUCGUUAUUCUCUCUGUCCUCGGCUUCCUCUUCCGGGGUAACCACCCCGAGCUCGUUGGCGGCGAGGAGGAUCCCGCAGACGGGCCAGCAGUUGCAGCCACCGUCUUCACGGCCGUUAUCAUUUACGCGACGGGCGUCUGGCGUGGUAGCGGCGUAUUGGUGCAAUCCAAUGGAUGCAUUGCCUUCUCUCCUUCGGCCCAUAUGCCCGGCAUCGCAACCGUCUUCAGGGUAACUUCGAUCCGAAGGUGGUGGGGUGAGGAUCUGGUCUGGUCGAGUCUCUGGCCUUCAGGCGGUUGGGUGGUUUUACCGAAAACGACCCGUGGAAACCAGCAGCAAAACAACAACUAG